UUUUCUCAUUUGUAGAACGGCUUAUUAUAUGAAAACGUCUACCAACCAGUCCCCGGAUCGGAUCUCGUACUCGGCCAUACCGCACCCCAACAUAUCAACUCCCAGCACCGACUUAUCAUUUUUUUUCUUGAUAAGUCACAUCAGCAACGUACUAGAUCACCCCAGUUGUACUCCAUACCCACGUCCCUUUACUUCGCCGUCGGACGUAUCAUCCACAGGACACUUAAGACCCUUUCGUUGCUCCUAAUCCAUUAAAACUCGAAUUAUAAACAAGAUGACAUUCUUCACUAAUCUUGAGGCAUUUUUCUCCUCGUAUAUCGAGCUUCUGUCAUCCCCUAAGUUCUGGUGGUACACCUUCUGGGCGCUGUGGGUCCAUCGCUAUUUGCGCCUCAUCGUUCACACUUUUAGUCAUUGGUUGUACAAGUCAAAACCCAUACCCGAUAAACCAAGCUUCACUGCCGACGAUGUCACAGUCAUCAUUCCCACCAUUCAUAAUGUUUUUGAAGAGCUCCGUGCCUCGCUAGAAAGCAUCCUGGCUUGUAGACCCGCUGAGCUAAUCCUGGUUACGACCGUAGACAAGCAUGAGGGGCUGAAGAAGCUUGCCAAGAGUCUUUCUACCCCAAACGUCCGCGUGCUCUUCACCCCAAUUGCCAAUAAGCGACUCCAGGUCUGCGAAGCUCUCCCAAAGGUUAACACGGCCAUCACUGUCAUGGCCGACGACGAUGUCACAUGGCCACCCACGCUUCUACCUUGGAUCCUAGCUCCCUUCGAAGACCCUAAGAUGGGAGGUGUGGGGACUUGCCAACGAGUACGGAGAGAGCCAGAUGGGUCUUGGUCCACGCAAAUCUGGAACUGGCUGGGCGCGGCUUAUAUCGAGCGACGCAAUUUUGAAAUCUCGGCAACGCACAACAUUGACGGCGGUACCUCCUGCAUGUCCGGUCGGACCGGGGCCUACCGCUCGGAAAUCUUGUCGAGCCACGAUUUCCUCGAGGGUUUUCAAACGGAGCGCUGGCGUCGUUACGGGCUAAAUGCCGACGACGACAACUUCGUAACUCGAUGGCUUGUCAACCACCAGUGGAAGACCUGGAUACAGUACGAGCCAGAGUGCGAGAUUGAAACAACCUUGGAGAACAGCCACAAAUUUCUCUACCAGUGUUCUAGAUGGUCACGUAGCAACUGGCGUAGUAACUACACCAGCCUGUUUCGUGAGCGAUACGUUCUCACUCAACAGCCGUGGUGCACUUACGCCCUGCACAUCGCCACUUUCACGUCUCUUGCAUUUAUUGUAGACCCUCUUUUGUCACUCGCGCUUUGGUGGGGAACCGAGGGGUGGCAUAUGGACACUCGCCGAAAUCUGUUCUGGGCACAGAUCAUCUUCUUGUUUGCAUACACGAAAGUUAUCAAAUUGGUUGGUCUCUUCCGACGACAACCAAGCGACAUUAAAUUCCUUCCCAUAUCCAUUCUUUUUGGCUGGUUCCAUGGUCUCAUCAAGCUCUGGGCUCUAUUCACACUCAACAUGACCUCUUGGGGCAGUCGGCCUGACGGUGAUGCUAACGAUGCAUCUCGUAUGGUGCCGCAUCCACCCAAGAGCGAUAGUAUCGUGACUCCGCAGCCACGACCCGAUGAUUUGGACCGCAUUAUUAACGAUAAACAGCGCCAUGCAGCACAUGGAUUGUCUGAGAAGAAGGCCAUUGCAGUUUCGGAAGCAGAAAUGCGACCGACUGCAGUCGUAGCUGGAUUCACGUAAUAUGCUGGGUUAUUCAGGCCCAACCUCAAUUUCUCUCGACCUUUAUCAAUUCGUGUGCAUUCGAUGAAACCUGAAGUUAUGAUUCAUGAAUGCUCUGUUACUCCAGUGCAUAGGUUUAAAAUUUUCGGUUCCUUAAAUAGGAGCGGUACCACCAGCGUAUUCCCAGAACAUAAUACUGUUGUUCCAUCCGGUCGGCA